AUGUUGGACUUGUUCAAUGUUCAUGUGAUGAGCUUGGAAAUUUUUUGUAAAGAUUAGAAAGAAUAAAUAAAAUAAAUUUCAGGUAUCAUUUGAUUUUUAGAGUAGAACUUUAUAUUAGAUAGUUGAUAAAACUAUAAUAGUUUAGGUUGUCAAUCUAAAAUUUCUUGUUUUUACUUUAAAAAUUGUACACGAGUGUAUGCUGUGAGAAAGAAUAAACAAUAUCAAUAGACUUCACAAUGACGACGAUAUACCGGCUUUCACGUGUAACACAACUUGCAAAAUCUCUUUACUAUUUAAAUAAUAGUACAAAUAAAUUAUGCGCCAUAAAAUCACGGCUGAGACAUCCAGUAUUAUUUUCGAAAUAUCAUGUCAGAGCUCUCUCUUCACAAGCAGCAUCAGAAAGUGUAAAGGAAGAAACUGUAAAAGAGGAUUAUCAUAAUAUAGUACAGGAUACUGAGAAACCUACAGGUGAGAGUGUAAAACAUGAAUUUAAAUCUGAAACUCAAAAGCUCUUGGAAAUUGUAGCUAAAUCAUUGUAUUCAGAUAAAGAAGUAUUUGUUCGUGAAUUGGUUUCAAAUGCGAGCGAUGCACUUGAAAAAUUACGAUACAUGAGAUUGAGUGAAAAUUUAUCCGUAGAAGAAGGAGGAGACAGGAAUUUAGAAAUACAUAUCGUGACAAAUAAACAAAAUCGCAUUUUAACUAUUCAAGAUACAGGUAUUGGUAUGACUAGAGAAGAAUUGAUUUCAAAUCUUGGUACCAUUGCACGAUCUGGCUCAAAGGCUUUUAUAGAUCAGUUGAAAGAAAAAAAAGCUUCUGAGGAUCCCAGCAACAUUAUUGGCCAAUUUGGCGUAGGGUUUUACAGUGCAUUCAUGGUUGCUGAAAAAGUUGAAGUAUUCACUAAAUCUUAUAAAAAAGACGCCGAGGGAUUAUAUUGGUCAUCUGAAGGCUUAGGAACUUAUGAAAUCACAACUGCAGAAGGGGUUCAGCCUGGUACAAAAAUAGUAAUACACUUGAGACCAGAUUGCCGAGAGUUUAGUGAUGAAUCAGUGAUAAAUGGAGUUAUCCAGAAGUAUAGUAACUUUGUUGGAAGUCCAAUUUUCGUUAAUGGCAAGCAAGUGAACACAAUUCAACCAAUAUGGAUGUUGGAUCCAAAAGAAGUAACUGCUGAGCAACAUGCAGAAUUCUAUCGUUAUAUAUCUAAUUCCUAUGAUGCUCCUCGUUUUAUAUUACACUACACAACCGAUGUACCUUUGAGUAUAAGAGCACUUUUAUAUUUUCCCGAUUCGAAACCAAGUCUCUUUGACUUAAGCAGAGAUACAUCUAUGGGAGUAUCGUUAUACAGCCGCAAAGUUUUGAUAAAAAGCAAAACCGAUAAUAUUCUACCAAAGUGGCUUCGUUUUAUAAAAGGCGUCGUUGAUUCAGAAGAUAUUCCUUUGAAUUUGAGUCGUGAAUUGUUACAAAAUAGUGCACUCAUAACGAAACUGAGAAAUGUCUUAACAACUCGAAUAUUGAAACAUCUCUAUGAAAAAUCAACUAAAGAACCGGAAAGUUACACGGAGUUUUACAAAGACUAUGGAUUAUUUUUAAAAGAAGGAAUAGUUACCAGCAAUGAUGAAUCAGAAAAAGAAGCUGUUGGAAAGCUUUUACGUUUUGAAUCGUCAGCUAAACCUGCUGGAGAACUUGUUAGCUUACCUCAAUACUGUCAAGGACUAUCUCCAGAUCAAAAAGACAUUUAUUAUUUAGCGGCACCGAGCCGUCAACUUGCUGAGCAAUCUCCUUAUUAUGAAUCAUUUAAGAAACGUAAUUAUGAAGUACUCUUUUGCUAUGAACCCUAUGAUGAAUUAGUACUAGUGCAUUUGGGACGUUUUAAUUCAAGAUUUUUGACAUCAGUGGAAAAAGAAAUGCGGGAUAACAGUGAAUCUUCAAAGGAUAAACUUUUUGAAUCUAUAAAUAAAGAAGAAAUGGAUAAGCUUGUUACUUACAUAAAAGGAGUUUUGCCAAAGAAAGCUCACGAAGUCAAAGUUACGAAUCGACUAGAAUCGCAUCCUUGUGUAAUAACAGUGCAAGAUAUGGCUAGUGCUAGAUACUUUAUUCGUACCCAAAGUCAUAACAUGAACGAGGAAAUGAGAUAUAGUCUACUCCAACCACGCUUUGAAAUUAAUCCAAAUCAUCCAAUCAUUAAGAAGCUCUCGGAAUUAAUUACUAAAGAUCCUAAACUUGCUGAGCUUCUUACUCAACAGUUAUUUACCGGAGCAAUGGUUGGCGCUGGUCUCGUGGAAGACCCCAGGAUACUGUUGACAACGAUGAAUGAACUGUUAACGUUGGCACUGGAAAAACAUUAGAUCAGAGCGCGAACCGCAAGUAAUGCCAUGAACAAGAUUGCUGCGAGAAAGUAAACGAGCCAUUCUUGAUUGCAAGUAACGCUAAAGUUCAGUAUAUUACCUAGUACGACAUCAAAUCUUUAUCCACCAACUAAAUUUCCAUUAAGAAGUACUGUGUCUUUACCCUGAAGAAUUAUUUUACAACAGGAAAGAUAAUUACAAUUACGUUAAUAACCUUUUAUACAUAUUCACAUUUAUUGAGGUAAGAAACAUUUUGAAAUCAAAUCAAUUUUUUUAAAUUAAAAACUUUCUUGUUAUAUUUCAUUUAUACUUUUAAAAUUGAAAUAAAGUACAAAGUACAAAAAAUGACUUUUAGUAUUGCUUACAUUCAAGUCAUAAUUGUUGAACUUUUUUUUUGAUUUUUUAUUGAAAAAGUUUAACUUCCAUUUACAUCUAAUUAAUUACAAUUUCACAUAUUGUAUAAAG